GAGAGCUCUUCUGAUGAAAGGGCGGCAGGUAAUGCAACUGAAGCUCUCACAAAGGUUACAAUACAAUAUCUAUGCCCUCAGUAUCAAGAAGGCACAAUAUAUUUAAGAACCUUUUGAAGUAUGUCUCUCUCUCUGUCUCCACGUCUAUAUACCCAGGCAGCCCGUCUUCCCAGGGAGCUACUUACUGUCUGCUCAAUAACUAUAGCUACAAGAAGCUUCAGUGUAUUACGUCGUCCAACUCCAAAUUAUCCAGGCCAUGUACCACUCACUUCCAUUGAGCGCGGUGGUUUGGCUGUAGGCUCAGCAAUUAUGGCAUUCUUCAACCCUUAUCGUGCAGGUAUGAAUUAAAUAAUUGUAAUGUACAUUUGGUCACAACUAAUUGGUGAAGUAGAUCUUAUAGCAGCUUGCGGAGAAGCAACCGCAACACCAUAUUUCAUUUACCGUCUCCGUGAUGCCAUGCUUUCUUCUCCCACAGGCCGACGUAUUUUACGUGAUCGCCCUCGCAUAUCUUCCAAAACUCUUUCAAUGCCACAUCUCCGGACGCUCCCCACAAACGCCGUGGGCCGCUGCUACGCAGAUUGGUUGGACUGUGAAGGAGUCUCGCCCGAUACACGAGAUUCAGUAAAAUACAUUGAUGAUGAAGAAUGUGCAUAUGUUAUGCAGCGUUAUCGCGAAUGUCAUGAUUUCUACCACGCUAUAACUGGGUUACCUAUUGUGCGGGAAGGCGAAGUGGCGCUUAAGGCCUUCGAGUUUGCUAAUACUCUGUUGCCCAUGACGGGCUUGAGUAUGUUUGCGGUGAUGUCCUUGAAGCCAGCAGAGAGGAGGAGAUUCUUCACGAUUUAUGCACCUUGGGCGCUAACGAAUGGCUUGAAAGCAGACGAGCUUAUCAAUGUCUAUUGGGAGGAGCAGUUGGAAAGGAGUGUUGAAGAAUUGAGAGAGGAGUUAGGCAUUGAGAAGCCCCUCGACCUUAGAGAAAUUAGGCGGGCGGAGAAGGAGAGAGAAAAGGCCCAAAAAGCAAUUUGAGGAAGACUUGAUACCAUAGUAAUUCGAUGUUAUAGUGGUAAAGGUUUCCCUAAACCUCGCAAUAUUAACUCCUAUUCCUCGGAGGCCUAAGAUUGUCCCA